AUGUCUGUAAUUCGAAAACUUCUCAUACAGGGCAUUCGGUCGUUCGACCCACAGAACCAGGAUAUCAUCGAGUUUUAUGCGCCGCUGACGAUUAUAGUCGGGCAGAACGGAUGCGGCAAGACAACAAUUAUUGAAAGCCUCAAGUACAUCACCACCGGAGAGCUGCCGCCAAACAGCAAAGGCGGGGCAUUCAUCCACGAUCCAAAGCUUGCGGGCGAAAACGAAGUCAAGGCGCAGGUCAAGCUGCGGUUCUACAAUGUCAGCCAGCGCUCAAUGACGUGCGUGCGAUCAAUCCUGCUAACGCAAAAGAAAAGCACAGUGACCCAAAAGACACUCGAGGGCGCACUAUCAUUCGACGCAACGGCGACCGAGGACAAAGUAAGCAUCAGCAGCCGGUGCGCCGACCUCGAUGCCAUGCUCCCGGAGCAACUCGGCGUAUCCAAGGCGGUCCUUGAGAACGUCAUUUUCUGCCACCAGGAGGAAAGCAACUGGCCACUUUCAGAAGCCUCGGUGUUGAAAAAAAAGUUCGACGACAUUUUCGCUGCCACGCGGUACACCAAGGCGCUGGAGUCGAUUAAGGCAAUACGCAAGAGCCAGACGGUGGAGAUCCGCGUGCAGCGCGGGGAGCUGAAGCAUCUGGAGGACAAGCGCGGCAAGGCAGAGCGGGUGCGCGUGGAGUACGAAAAGUCCACGGUGGCCAUUCACGAGUUCAAGGUGCGGAUUGCUGAGAUUCAAAGGGCGGAGGAGGAAGUGACGGGGCGGAUCGGCGCGCUGGCCGAGCAGCUGCAGGAGUUCAUGGGGCUGCGCACGGUCGUGCAGGGGCUCGACAUGAGCCUGGAGCAGAAGGCCGCCAGCUACGAGGAGAUGGCGGCCAACACGGCCAGCCUCGACUUGGGCGACGCGGAGCUCGGGCGGCUGGCGCUCCAAGUCGCCGUGCAGAUCAAGUCGCAGGGCUCGGAUAUCCAGGCCAAGCGGGACCACCGCGACCAGCUCAAGGCGCAGAUCGCCGUGCUGGCAGCCACAGUCCUCCAGGCCACUGAGGAGAAGAGCGCCCUGCAGUCGGCGCAGCGCAGCUUGGAGAUGAAGGUCGCCGGGCGCAAAGAGGCCGUUGGCGAGAUCUGCCGCGCAACCACGCCGGCCAUCGAGGCGCCCGCCGACGAUGCGGAGCAGCAGGCUGCGCAGUGCAUUGCGCGGCUCGAGGAGCUGCUGGCUGCGGCCGAGGCCGACCGCCAGGCGCUGCGCCGCGACGCCGAGGACAGCGAGCGCAGGCUGCAGGCGCAGAUAGCGGCGACGCAGGCGCAGAUCAACGGCUUCGACGUCGCCGCCGCCACAUGCGACAAGCAGGCGGCCGCCGGGCGGCAGGAGGCGCAGGCGCUGCGGCUUAAGCACGCCUCGCUCGGCAGCGGCGGCGGCAGCGGCGGCGACGUGCAGUGCGAGCUGGACGCCGAGCGUGCGCAGCUGGCCAGCGCGCAGGAGCAGGGCGCAGAGGCAGUGUACGGCGAGAAAACCAGGGUGCAGCGCACCGAGCUAGCGAGUGUCGCCGAGGAGAUCGCGCAGCUGAACGCCGAGAUGGCGCGCAGCAACCAGCAGGCCGACACGCGCGCGAGGCUGGCGCUGGCGCGCUCCGAGGCGGCCGCGCACGGCACGCGCAUUGCCGAAGGCGAGGCCGCGGCCGGCGCCGGGCUGGCCGCGCACCGGCCGCGCGAGGGCACGCAGCACGACCGCACGGCGCCGAUCGCCGACGCCGUCCGCGCCAAAAAGCAGGCGGCCGCCGCGUUUGCCGACACGGCCAAGGCCGCGCACGCCGGGCUGGCCAGCACGCGGGCGCGGCUGGACAUGGCGCGCCAGGCGCUCGUGCGGCAGACGCAGGACGCGGCCGCCAGGCGCCGGCGCAUCGCCGAUGCCUGCGGCGCCGACGCGUUCGACGGCGUCUACGCCGGCGCGCAGGCGGAGCUCGGCGAGCUGAUGGAGCUGGCCGGCCACUACAAGAGCGCGUCGUCCAUGUACCGCGCGUACAUCCAGAAGAUCGAGGCCGACCAUGCGUGCCCCGUGUGCAUGCGCGGCUGGCCGUGCGCCGCCGACGAGGAGCGGCUCGUCGCCAAGCUGAGGCUCGACUACACGGCGGCGCCGGCCGAGCUGCUGCGCAUUGCCGGCGACAUUGAGCGCAGCGAGUGGCGGCUCGAGGAGCUGGGCGCGCUGCGGUCGGCCGUGCGCGACGUGGCCGAGUGGGACAGCGGCGGCCGCGCGGCGCUGGACGCGCAGGUGGCCGAGCUGGCCGCGCGCGCGCAGGAGCUGGCUGCGCAGGCGGACGACGCCGACAUGGAGGCGGCCGUUAUGGGCGCCGACGUGGACGCGCUCGACGCCUUGCUGGCGCAGGCGCGCGAGCUGGCGGCGCUCGAGGCGGCGCGCAGCCAGGCGGAGCGCCAGGCCAUGCGGCUCGAGCACGAGCUGCAGGCGACCGGGUCGGCAGCGACCGCCGACGAGCUGCAGGCGCAGGUGGCGGCGCUGCAGGUGCGGGACACAGUGGCGCGCCGCGAGCUCGAGCGCCUGGCCCAGGAGCGCAUGCGGCGCCAGAAGGAGAUCGGCUUCCGCCAGGACGCCGUGCGCGCGCUGCAGGACCGCCUGGCGCUGCUUGCGCGCCAAGCCGAGGAGCGCGCCGCCCUGCUGCGCCGCAUUGGCGAGCUGGACGCGGACGCCAAGGCGCGUGACGCCGAACAGCUGGCCGCGCAUGCGCAGGCUGCGGCGCUGGCCCCGCAGCUGCGGCAAGGCCAGGCGGCGCUGGACGCGUUCCGCAGCGACGCGCGCGAGCGCGAGGCGCAGGUGGACCGCCGCGCGCGCGGCCUGGUCCAGGCGAAGGACCGGCUGGCCAUGCUGACGCGCGAGAUUGACGAUACGCGGCGCCAGCUCGCGUGCCCGCCCGGCGAGCGCCGCUAUGCCAGCCGCCUGGACAUGGCCGCGGCGCGCCUGGACGAGCUGCAGGUGCAGGCGGCGGACGCGCGCGAGCUGCUCGACGCCAUUGCGCAGGAGCUGCUUGAGUCCGACCGCGCCGCCGAUAGGCUGGCGGCGCGCCAGCGCGAGGUCUCGGACAAUGUGCGGCUGCGCGCGAAUCUCGCUGAGCAGGCGCAGCUCAGGGAGCGGCUGCGCGAGGCGCGCGAGAAGCAGGCGCACCUCGAGCGCCAGCUCAGCGCUAUUUACGACGACGGCUCCGACGAUGACCAGGAGACUGGCAACCCUGGUGUUGGCCGCAAGCGCCAGCGCCAGGGCCAGGGCCAGGCCCAGAAUAUGGGUGCCCGGCUGCAGCGGCGGCGCGAGGAGCUGAAUGCACGCUUGGCGCAGCUGACCAGCGAGCGCGCCGGGCUGCAGGGCGAGGUCAAGCAGCUGGAGGACCAGGCGCGGCGGCUGCAGGCCGAGCUGGCGACGGACUUCCAGAGCAUCGACCAGCGCUACGUGCACCAGCUAGUGCAAUGCAAGACCGAGGAGCUGGCCCACAGCGACCUGGAGACCUACGGCAAGGCGCUGGACGCCGCCAUCAUGCGCUACCACUCGCUGAAAAUGCAGGAUAUUAACAAGAUUAUCCGCGAGCUGUGGAUCAACACGUACCAGGGCAAUGACAUUGACACUAUUGAGAUCCGCUCUGAGAUCGAGGGCGCGCGCAAUAGCCGCUCGCAUAACUACCGCGUGGUGAUGAUCAAGGCUGGACAUGCUAUUGAUAUGCGUGGUCGGUGCAGUGCUGGUCAGAAGGUGCUCGCUUGCCUUAUCAUACGAUUGGCCCUGGCUGAGACCUUCAGCGUUAACUGCGGGAUCCUGGCCCUGGACGAGCCCACUACUAACCUUGACCAGGAGAACAUUGAUAGCUUGGCCCGCAGCCUGGCGCGCAUCAUCAAGUCGCGCCAGGAACAGCGCAAUUUCCAGCUCAUCGUCAUCACCCACGAUGAGAUCUUUAUGCAGUUACUCGGCAAGUCCGAGUACGCCGAUUACUACUGGCGUGUGUAUAAGGACGAAAAUCAGUGCUCGGUAUUUGCUCGUCGACCAAUCGCCAACAACUGA